AUGGACAUUGGAGUUCCGAGUGUUCGGAAUCUAUUCAGGAUUAAGCGGGAGAGGACGUUGUUGUGGGUUGCUAUUGGGAUUACUAGUAUUCCGUUGCAUCUGCUGUUUGUUUAUAUGACCACGCCCCCACAAUUCCUAGGAGCAAGACUGAUUAGAAAACUGCAGGUACAAUUCUGCAGUGUAUACUACAUUAGCAGGGAAUGAUUUCAUCGUGACUGUUGUGACAAACAACCACUUUGAACAACCUACCUACUCCAAUAUGACCGAAGCUCUAUUAGCGACUUACCGGGAGGUGCACAACGAGACAGACCGGCCGAAGGAUUUCGCGGGCGGGUAUGAUAUCCGGUUGUGGGGCGACGUGCUCGAGGGAUACAAUAAAAACCCACAGAGCUAUGAAGACCUGGCACCUGCUAAAUGCGCAAAACUCUACAACACUGACCUCAUGUCCAACCAUCGAAACCUAUUCCUGAUCACCAAACAUAGUUCUAAUACCGCUCACAAUAACACCCUCCUCGGAAUGAUCAAGGUCAGGGUCCGUGGUAUCCCGUCCAGUAACUGGAUGUGCCACUCCCACAUCGACUUCCUAAGCAAUGUUUCGGGCUCUCACUGGUGCGAACCCAAGGAUAUAGCCUCGAAAACAGCAAAAGGGCUACCUUGGCGGGUGGGUGUUGAGCGACGGAAUGAUGUAGAAAUAAGCGGAUGCAAGAGCGAGAAGACACCGGAGAAGUGCAAGGUGCAGUUCUCGUUAGGAAUCAUGAUCGUCGUUAUCUGCUGCAAUCUCAUUAAAGCUUGCUGUAUGGUCAUGGCGGUCGCGAGAUCCCGUGAGCCCACGCUAGUCACUUUAGGUGAUGCUCUAGAUUCCUUUUUGAGAGUACCGGACCAGACAACAAUGGGGAUGUGCUUUGCCGACAAGAGGUUUAUCAAGAGAGAGUGGAUGAGUGGGGUGAGGACUAUCCCGGAGCAGUGGAAAGUCAAGGGGGUACAGAGGUGGUGGACUAGUGUUAGCAGGACAAGAUGGGUUACUUGUAAUUUUUUCUGCUUGAUGGUUGUCAUUGCCGCUGGGUGGUCAUUUCAAUCUGGGAUGGUCAACGACAGCGCAUACUUGCAGACCGACAUUACAUCAAUGCAAGUUUCCCCCUCUCCCAUCACAUCCCUUUCACAAAUAAUAUUAACAAAGACAAAAAGGUGGACUAGAGGCUUCGGCAAAGUGAACAGCCUCUCCUUAGUCGCCCUUGACUUUAGGAAUAUAACCGAGGCUACCCUCCUAGCCAACCUUCCACAAACAAUCCUCUCGUUCCUGUACCUGGCCUACAACUCCCUCUUCACCUGCAUGCUCUCGGGCCACGAAUGGUCCCUCUUCAGUCACCACCACCGUACCCUACGCGUCACAUCCCCGCGCCCAGGGCAACGAUCCACAUACUGGCUUCAAAUACCCUACACCUACGCCAUCCCUCUAAUGACCCUGAGCGGUCUCCUCCACUGGUUGACCUCGCAAUCGAUAUUCCUCGCGAGCGUUGAGAUAUCGGACCCUCUCGGGGGUGAGAUCUCAUCAACGAUAAGUGGUGUGGGGUACUCCUGCAUUGCCAUCAUUUUCGUGCUCAUACUGGGGAUUCUUGCCCUGCUGGCUGCCGCCGGGAUGGGGUAUAGGCGGUUUUCUGCCGAGAUUACUACCGUCCAGAGUUGCUCCGCCGCGAUUUCAGCAGCGUGCCACACCAGGGGAGAGGAUCCCGAGGUUAUUAUAGGGAAGAAAGUGCGCUGGGGGGAUGUGGGGACCGUGCCAGACCCGGGG